UAUUAGCUAUUAUAUGGGGUUUAGAGCCUAGACCACUUGCAUCACUAAAGAUAAAUUAAUAAAAAAAAUUGUUGAGUCAAUAUAACAAUGAUGCACUUUUGUUUUUAAUGUAAUAAUGAAUUCUAUUUCUAGGAUGGUGAUUUAUGGCUUGUUUGGAGUUUCAAAUGGUGGUAAAGAAGGAAGAUUAUGCAACUAUAUGGGUGCCAAAAAUAUGCGUUUUCCAAGAGCUGAGGUUGUGGAUCGAAUUGGCAAGGAGCAUUGCAAAGUUAAUUUGCAAGAGGGUUGAUCUCUGCCAUCAGUCAGAUGAUGAAGAUGAGGAAGAUGAAGAAAGCAGUGCUGAGGAAUCUUUGCUAGAGAAGACAUUUAAUGAAUGGAAUUCAUUAAAUGCAGAUAAUCAUAAUCACAGAAGAUGUUUACCUUUCCGAUUGAUUCAUGUUCGAAGCCGCCAAAAAAUUGUUAUUUUGGCAACUCUUCCAGUUAUUGUAAUAAUGUUGGCUUGUGCUGUUAUAAUCUGGAUUAGGAUGGGAAAAAACCCUAUUGAUUCUACAGUGGUGGCUCGGGUAUAUGUAGAGGUUUUUGCAGGAGCAAUGCUUUUAUUUGCUGGAGCACUAGCUUGUUAUGGCGGUGUGUUUUGCUUUAAUGGGCAUUGGCAGCUCAUUUCAUGCUCAAGAAACUGCCGUGAGUGGGUAAUUGGAGAGUCGAGUGUGGUAAAUACUGUUCUUUUCCUGUGUACUGUGUUAUGUUUGGGGUCAUUUGGGACAUGUUACUUUCUGAUUCUUUUGAGAUCUGCAUGUAAAAGCCUCAACUUAUCUAUUUGCAUACAUUUGUUGAAAACAUCAGGUUCUGGCCUUCGGGUACUGUGUGACUUCAGGCCAUCAACUAUAGAGGUUAACAUAACAAUAAAGCUUUUACUUGUGUUGCUGUUCUCGACAGUGAAGUUUUGUUGUCUCAGUUCACGUUUUGGUGGCAUGAUAGACAUGGAAUCUGUCGAGGACGUGGCUAAUAUUUCUAAUGUGUCUAGGAUUACUACCCAUUCUUUGCAACUGUACAGUCAUUGCUAACCACUGGACCGUCUCCCUGCAACUGUACAUUGAUUGCAACUGUUGUUUAUUUCUUUGUGUUGAAAGUAGUAACUUUUAACUAUGUUGAAUAUUUAAGACUCCUUGAAUACUUAAAGAACAUUUUGUUGUUGAUGACAGUGUUGAAUGUUUUAAACUAAUUUGUGGAUUGUUAAUACAAUGUUGAAUGUUCUUACUUUU